AUGGAAGGAACGGAGAAUGGAGAAGGGAAUCCGAGAGGGUUAAAACGUGAUGCUCUUUGUAGCAUCGUCAUUUGUAAUGAUGCCUCCCUUCGAAGUCAACCGGUUAUCUAUAACCCAGAUUUUUUUGUGGAAAAGCUGCGACAUGAAAAUCCAGAGGUUUUUACUGAGUUAGUGGUCAGUAAUAUCACAAGAUUAAUAGAUCUGCCUGGGACAGAAUUUGCUCAACUGAUGGGAGAAGUAGAUCCUAAACUACCCGGAAGCAACGGCACCGCCUCAUUCUUCAGGUCGUUAAACUUUCUUAAGCGCAAAGAGAAAGGUUUAGUGUUUGGCGCACCUUUGACAGAAGAAGGCAUUGCACAAAUAUAUCAGCUCAUUGAGUAUCUGCACAAAAGUUUGUGCACAGAAGGUUUAUUUCGUGUGCCUGGGAACAGCAACAGACAGCAGAGUCUCAAAGAUUUACUUAACAAUGGGAUUGAUAUUGACAUGGACUCCGGUGAAUUUCACCCUAAAGAUGUAGCCACUGUACUGAAAAUGUUUUUAGGUGAAUUGCCAGAACCUUUGCUAACGCACAGACAUUAUCACGCACAUUUAAAAAUUGCAGGAUUAAUGCUUUUUGAUGCAAAGGGUAACAGAACGGCCGUACCAGAUAAAGAGCGUCAAAUAGAGGCCUUGCAACUCCUCUUUCUUCUUAUCCCAUCCCCAAACAGAAAUCUUCUCAAGCUUUUGUUGGACCUCCUCUAUCAGACAGCUAAAAAACAAGAUUAUAAUAAAAUGUCUGCACACAAUCUCGCGCUGAUGUUUGCACCCCACAUAAUCUGGCCUAAAAAUCUAACUGCAAAUGACCUGCAGGAACAUAUAAUUAAGCUGAACAAUGAAGUGACAUUUAUGAUCAAGCAUUCGCAGAAAAUUUUUAAGGUGAGCAUGAAGUAUUGUUUAAAACCCCAUAUGUCUAAAUAG